CAUCUAUCAAUCGAAAUUCUUUUACAACCAAAAAAAAUAUUAAAAAUGCCGUAGAAAAACCGAGUUCCAACAAAAAAAUUCCAGUUUAAACCAUAACAAAUUCCGUUUAAACCAUGAAGGACGACGACGAGGAUGAGGAAAACACCUUCGGUGUCACCAGAUACCCCUGCAUGCCGUCUCUGGUGGCCCUCCAGCAGAUGCGGAACCGUCUCCAUCUGGCCUUCCUUGGACGGAAGCUCAUGAAAUGGACCAUGACAGCCACCGGACGAGAGAUGAGGAGAAUUGCUGGAGAGAUCGACGCAAUAUACAAAGGCUUUGACGCCGAUUUACGAAACGCUUACAUACUUUUGGCAAGAAGUCGCUAUUUCGAUCCGACCCUCAACCAGAUGGUGUUGGAGAACAUACCCACUAAGGCUGCUGUCAUGGUGGUGCCUACAGCGAAGGCUGUAUCGGGUGUGAAGCUCAUGAACUAUACUAUUAUCGAGACAAAUGCACAAAACUACGUUCAUCUGGGCCUAGAAAAGGGUGGCCAAACUAUAUUAGAAACGAAAAAGGCGUGGCUAGAACUUCUCAAACGGCUCAUAUCAAUGCUGCAAUUGCGUACAAGUUUCAUGACAGUGGAGAUUUCGAACAGGGCAGCUACCAAGAAAUAUAACGUACUAUCGAAAAUGGUUGUACCACGUGUCAAACUGAGUGAGAAAUAUAUCGUAUCGGAGAUGGAAGAAAUGGAACGAGAAGACAACUUUCGUUUAAAACGAUUCAAAGAACUUAAGAUUAAGAAGAAUCAAGCAAGUAAUGCAGAAAAGUGUCCUGCAUGUAAAUUGCCAAUUGAUAAAUGUACAUGUGAAAAACCUAAUACAGAACCUAAAGAUAACGAAUGUGUUUGUGUUAGUAAAGAAGAAGAACAAAUUAUACAACCAGUCUCUAAAGCUAGCUCUACAUUAGACGAAAAUGUAUGUACGUUUCAUGAAACUGUGGGUGACGUUUUGAGAGAAGUACGUUCAAGUCCCGUAAUCGCAGAAGAAGAUAAGCAACCAGUCCAAACAAUAAAAGAGGAUACAGUUAUACCCGAAAAAUCUUGUACUUGUAUCGACAAUUCAGUAGACUCGAAUAACCUUUGCAAAACUAUUGGUACUGAGAAGGAAGUACGUUCAAGUCCCGUAAUCGCAGAAGAAGAUAAGCAACCAGUCCAAAUAAUAAAAGAGGAUACAGUUAUACCCGAAAAAUCUUGUACUUGUAUCGACAAUUCAGUAGACUCGAAUAACCUUUGCAAAACUAUUGGUACUGAGAAGGAAGUACGUUCAAGUCCCGUAAUCGCAGAAGAAGAUAAGCAACCAGUCCAAACAAUAAAAGAUGAUACAGUUACACCCAAAAAAUCUUGUACUUGUAUCGACAAUUCAGUAGACUGGAAUAACCUUUGCAAAAUUAUUGGUACUGUGAAGUUAAAAGAAUUAAAGGAUAUUUAUACAGAAAAAAGUAGACAAAGUCAGAAUGAAUGCCCAUGUGAACCGAUAGAAUCUAACAGUAUGACAAAAACUCCAGAAAAGUCGUGUACGUGCAUGCCUAAGCCUGUAAACUUAGAAGACCUUUGCAGAAAAGUUGACGUUGAAGACAUGCAACGAAUUAAAGAGGUCUACCUACAAAAAGCAAUUAACCCUGAUCAAACCCAAUACGAAUGUAGCUGCGAACCAAUUAAAAACAAAUCAAAUUUAAGUGAAGGUAAAACUGAUACAAAAUCGGUACAAGUACCAUCGAUUACACAUGAAUGUUUGAAAUGCCAAAACAUCAAAAGCAACGAAUCUAAAAACGUUUCUAUAAACAUUAAUGAAAACAAAGACAAAGAAGAUACUGCGAAUGUCCAACCCCAACAGGACAAAGAUGUGGGUCACGAUAAUACAGAUGCUAAAGAUAAAGAAUGUGAUUGUGUUCAUAAAGAGGAAGAACGAAUUGUACAACCAGUCUCUAAAUCUAGCGCUAAAUUAGACGAAAAUGUAUGUACGUUCCAUGAAACUGUGGGUGAUGUUUUGAGGGAAGUAUGUUCAUGCCCCUUAAUCGCAGAAGAAGAUAAGCACCAAGUCCAAAUAAUAAAAGAGGCUACAGUUACACCAGAAAAAUCUUGUACUUGUAUUGACAAUUCAGUAGACUGGAAUAGCCUUGGCAAAAUUAUUGGUACUGAGAAAUUAAAAGAAUUACAGGAUAUAUAUACAGCAAAAAGUAAACAAAGUCAGAAUGAGUGCCCAUGUGGACCGAUAGACUCUAAAAGUAUCACAAAAACUCCAGAAAAGUCGUGUUCAUGCAUACCUAAGCCUGUAAACUUAGAAGACCUUUGUAGUAAAGUUGACGUAGUAGAAAUGCAACGAAUUAAAGAUAUCUACCUGCAAAAAGCAAUUAACCCUGAUCAAAGCCGAUACGAAUGUAGCUGCGAACCAAUUAAAAACAAAUCAAAUUUAAGCGAAGGUAAAAGUGAUACGAAAUUGGUACAAGUACAAUCAAACUCACAUGAAUGUUUGAAAUGCCGAAAUAUCAAAAGCAAAGAAUCUAAAAAGGGUUCUAUGAACAUUAAUAAAAACAAAAACAAACAAGAUACUACAAAUGUCCAACCCCAACAAGACAAAGAUAAUUUGGGUGGUUCUCAAGAGCUCGGUAUAACUGUUACUGAGUAUAAGGAAUUUGUAACAGUUAAAAGAUAUAGAAAAGAAGAUGGUACGAUUGGAGAGGAGAGACAAGUUGUAACUGUGAAAAGUGAAGCCAAAAAGCCAAAUCCGCCGAAUCCUGACACACAGUCCUGUUUAUCCUGUAAAAGUUUGAAACAGAAGAACUCGUCAUCUACCCAAGCAAAAGUAAAAAUAACAUUACCGGUUGAAAAGAAAUCCAGCGAGACAUCUAACGUUUCAGUGAAGUCCUGUACAAUUUGUAAAAUGAACGCAAGUGGGAGUAACACUUCGGUGGAUUCAAGAAUAUCUUUUAAAAAAAUAGCGUGUGCUAGUAAAGCAGCUCAGACUGGAGAUAAAUCUAAAGGGACAUGCUGCAAAAUGAAUAAAGAAAACAAAUCAACUCCAGUUACGAAGUCUAUGGAUGGUAAAUCAUCUGAUACGUGUUUGAAGCAUUCGUCCAGUAACAAUACUGAUCGCGCCAAAAGCUGUUGUGUAAUCAAAAUUGUAUCCAAACCUAAGGAUGAACAUAGUAAAGAUGAUAAACUCAUAGGUGACAACUGUUUCGAAUUAUUAAAACGUCUCUUGCUAGAAUCCAAUAAAUCUAAUGCGUCUAAACCUAGCGUUUGUUCUUGCCAGUCGAAGAAGGAAGUGAAACGUUCAACAAGUCAAACAUCUUCCAAAACAUGUGAAUGUACAAAAUCUUCACAGUCAUUAAAAUCCGAGAAAUCACCGCAAUAUUCGUCGGAAUCUUAUUUUUCUUGUAAAGAUUCGACAUGUAAAAAGAAGGAGUCAGAAUCAUCUUGCAAGUGUAAAUCAGAAACGAAGAAGGAUACCUGCCCCACUUGUGGUUCUAACGUUGCACCACCAAAACCUGUUAAUAAACCGAGCGAAUGUUCUUGUGGGAAAUCUAAACCUGCCAAGUUUGAAUCCAAUUUAUCUGUAUUGUCCUAUGAUUCAUUACAAAAGUCUAUAGGCACAGAAACUGACUGUUCUAAAUGCGCCAAAGCGCAAAGUGCAGCACGGAACAGCGCUUGCCAACAACCAAAACCUGAAUGUCCACUUUGCUCCAAAAACACAAAUGGCUUCAGAUCAAAGUCAGAUUCAGAUAUACAACAAAAAUGCUGGAUCCAACCGAAACUAGAAUCUAAGCAAUCGAAAUGUCCGAGUUGCGCGCAAAAGAUUGCUUGCUCCUGCAAUUCUGCAAAACCCAACAGCCAAUGUUCCCAAGACUCCCAAAAAACUUCAGAACAUUCAAAAUCUAGUGUACAGUUUAUGGAAUGUGAAAGUUGCCGCGAACAAGAGUCAAAAGAGGUUCAACAAGCAAAAUUCUGUAUACAACCGAAAAUAGAAUCUAAACAAUCGAAAUGUCCGAUUUGCGCGCAAAAGAAUGCUUGCUCCUGCAAUUCUGCGAAACCCAAUAGCCAAUGUUCCCAAGACUCCCAAAAAACUGCAGAGCCUUCAAAAUCUAGUGUACAGUUUAUGGAAUGUGAAAGUUGCCGCGAACAAAAGUCAAAAGAGGUUCAACAAGCAAAAUGCUGUAUACAACCGAAAAUAGAAUCUAAACAAUCGAAAUGUCCGAUUUGCGCGCAAAAGAAUGCUUGCUCCUGCAAUUCUGCGAAACCCAAUAGCCAAUGUUCCCAAGACUCCCAAAAAACUGCAGAGCCUUCAAAAUCUAGUGUACAGUUUAUGGAAUGUGAAAGUUGCCGCGAACAAAAGUCAAAAGAGGUUCAACAAGCAAAAUGCUGUAUACAACCGAAAAUAGAAUCUAAACAAUCGAAAUGUCCGAUUUGCGCGCAAAAGAAUGCUUGCUCCUGCAAUUCUGCGAAACCCAAUAGCCAAUGUUCUCAAGACUCCCAAAAAACUGCAGAGCCUUCAAAAUCUAGUGUACAGUUUAUGGAAUGUGAAAGUUGCCGCGAACAAAAGUCAAAAGAGGUUCAACAAGCAAAAUGCUGUAUACAACCGAAAAUAGAAUCUAAACAAUCGAAAUGUCCGAUUUGCGCGCAAAAGAAUGCUUGCUCCUGCAAUUCUGCGAAACCCAAUAGCCAAUGUUCCCAAGACUCCCAAAAAACUGCAGAGCCUUCAAAAUCUAGUGUACAGUUUAUGGAAUGUGAAAGUUGCCGCGAACAAAAGUCAAAAGAGGUUCAACAAGCAAAAUGCUGUAUACAACCGAAAAUAGAAUCUAAACAAUCGAAAUGUCCGAUUUGCGCGCAAAAGAAUGCUUGCUCCUGCAAUUCUGCGAAACCCAAUAGCCAAUGUUCCCAAGACUCCCAAAAAACUGCAGAGCCUUCAAAAUCUAGUGUACAGUUUAUGGAAUGUGAAAGUUGCCGCGAACAAAAGUCAAAAGAGGUUCAACAAGCAGAAUGCUGUAUACAAACGAAAUUAGAAUCUACACAAUCGAAAUGUCCGAUUUGCGCGCAAAAGAGUGCUUGCUCCUGCAAUUCUGCGAAACCCAACAGGCAAUGUUCCCAAGACUCCAAAAAAAAUUCAGAACAUUCAAAAUCUAGUGUACAGUUUGUGGAAAGUGAAAUUUGCUGCGAACCAAAGUCAAAAGAGGUUGGCACAAGCACGAGAAGGUCUGAUAGAUACGAUGUAAGAAAUAUAGACAUGCUCAAGCCCAAUAAACAGUCGACAUGUACCUGCUCAUCUGCCAGUUAUAGUCGUAUAUCUGUCGAUAAAUGGUUUGAGCCACCCCCAAAAGCGAACUCCUAUCAUGAUAGAUGCUUACAUUAAAAGUUGAAUGUUUUGAUAACUUUGAUUCAAAAUUGAGAUAACACUAUAAUAUUAAAUUCUACUUAAAUACAUACACACGAAACUAAGAUUUUUCACAUUGUUUGACAAAAUAAUGAAGAAAUCGACAAAUCUUAAACAAGGGUACAAAGUCGUAAAGCACUAUUAUGACUGUUUUAAUGUUUCUCAUUUUUAACAUGAACACCAAAUUGUUUCAGAAUUUUUGCAAUAAAUUUUAUUAUAAUAAAACACAAGUAUGAAAUAGAUAGCAACAACCAUGAGGAUAGUUUUAGUUUAGAUUGUAAUUCUACCAAAUAAUCAUAAAAGUUACUGCGACAGUUUAAAAACAAGUAAAGAGUGGUAAUAAUAUAUCUAUAUAUAUAAUAUAUCUGUUUUACCAAGGUACGCGAAAAGAGUGGUAAUAAAUUAUUACGUUCUAGACAUUCGUCAAAAUUCCCGUCGUAAUGUGCGGUUACUGGGUUAUGUUUAAACAAUGAAACAAUCAUAAAUCGCUUUUGCUCUUCAGUCUAAUUAGAUAAAUAAGUAUUUUUUUUAACCGUUAACACUUAUUACAUAACAAACGUCGAAUAGGAAAAGAAAAUAGCUUUCAUUUGAUAUAUAUAUUGGUAUAUGUAAUUUACUCAGUAUCCUAGUAAUAAUAGCAUAAACUUUUUUUAUUUUUCCUGAAAAAAAUUGAUUUUGCUUUACGACU